CCUGCGCGAGGCUCAGACGGACCCACGAGCCGUGGACGAUGACACGAGACGAGCUCGAGAGACGAUGAGUGGCCACGCAGCACUUUGGAACAAAUGACUGCAGAUUACACACGACGCCGGCAGCUGGAGAUUCAUCUGAUUCGAUUACAGUUAAGCAGGGAAAGAUGCUGGGGACGGGUUUAACUCUAAUGGAUUCCUAAAGUCGCCCCGAGACAAUUAAUAGCCACGAUUUUACUGAGGGGAUCUCUUGGUGGGAGUCAGAGCGCGGGGGCCAGGAUGUGGCCCCCCGACCUCGGGCCUCCAGACGUCCAGCUGACUCUCCCUGGGUUUGGGAGCGUGUUCGAAGAUGCCGAGGACCUGCAGGCGCCGCUGUCUUCAGGUGGCUUCUGUCAGUCGUCGAUGCAUUCGGGUGGUCUGUGCUGUGUGCCCAGGACGUCCCUGUCCCUGUCCUCCCUGGGCCGGGACCUCAGCUCCUUGCUCAGCUGCAAGACGAAUGGAUCCCACGUAGAAAAGUCUGUGGAGGACUUUGCAAUCACAGCACACACAGACCCUAAAAACACCCAGAGGUUCGUUUGUUACCCUCAACCCUCCCUCCCUCUGUCCUACAUGCUCACCGGCUGUGCCUCGUCUCCCACGUUCUGCCCCCCCUCGUCCUCCGUCUCCUCCACCUCCUCCUCCUCAUCUUUUUUUUUUGCCUCUUCCUCGUCUCUUUCUGAUGCCAACCACAAAACGUCUCAGCAACCAAGAAAAGCACAAGACGAGUAUCUCUCCAUCAAGCAGGAGCCCGCAGACGAUUUCUCGCCGUGUAAGAGGGAACCGUAUCAAAUGAACAACCAGCAGGGGGAGCUGUUUCACGUUGGCCAGCCCCUCGACUGCCACGAUGGCGGUCAGGACGGCGCCCAGACGCCGCUGCACUCCCCGAAGCUCAACGCACCCGUGGGGGGGAACCCUCCGGUGGACCAACAGGAGCAGCUGUGUCACUGGAUCGACUGCAGCGCCGCUCACAGCAGCCAGGAGGAGCUGGUGAGGCACAUCGAGAAGGUCCACAUCGACCAGCGUAAAGGGGAGGAGUUUGCGUGUUUCUGGGCCAGCUGUGUGCGGCGCCACAAACCCUUCAACGCUCGCUACAAGCUGCUCAUCCACAUGAGGGUUCAUUCUGGAGAGAAACCCAAUAAAUGCAUGUUCGAGGGCUGUGCUAAGGCCUUCUCCCGUCUGGAGAACCUGAAAAUCCACCUGAGGAGCCACACGGGAGAGAAACCGUACAUCUGCCAGCAUCCCGGCUGCCUCAAGCCAAACACUGGACUCCUGAUCCCCGGUGACCGGCGUCACCAUGCCUACUCCCACCAUCCUCAGGGCAACCAGGAGUCCUCGGAGAAGCUGUUAGGUUCACAGGCGUCGAGGCGUCAGUGA